UUUUACAGUUUUUUAUUAUUAUUGAGCACGGUCGCAUUAAGUACAGUAAAAACACAUAACGCGUUGCGUAUCGGUCCCGUGAAUACUAGAAUUUAUUGUUUUUGUGAUUUUCUAUUGAAUUUAUAAAUAAUAUUGUUGUACGAUAUUAAGUAAUCGUUUGAUAUUGAUUAACAUAAAUUUAAUACGAAAUACGUGAAUUGUGUGAGAAGAAAAUGUCAUCAACAAAGGUUAAACAUGAUUUAUUUUGCUGGCAUUGCAAUUCCGAUGGAACCACGAUAAAAUGCAACAAUUGUAUUCGGUCAUUCCACACGGCUUGUGAGAACAACGAUGGACAGAGCCAAGCGGAGAAUUGGCAGUGUUCAGUUUGUGACGCAGUGGACGCUUCUAAGGAAACGGAUAAACCAUCAGACGUGAAAAUGUUGUCAGUGAUGAUCAAAGCAGUGUGGAAUUUGAAUACGUUCAAUUCGUUAAAAAAUCCCUUCAAAAAAUCCAAUCGUUUGAAGUCAAUUGUGAACAUCAUCGACUUGACGAAAAUCAAGAAAAAUAUUGACACGUACACCAAUUUUGCUGAGUUCCGUAACGAUGUUCGUUGGAUUGUACAUAAUUGUGUGAUUUUAUUCAAAGAUGAAGACAAGAAGACGAAGUUGGCCCGUUCAUUGUUGAAUAGUAUCACUUAUGAAAUAGACAACAUUAUAAAUUGUAGCGAAUGCUACCUAAAUGCGAGCAAGUUUGCCAAAGAUUGGUUCACAAAGGUCUGUUCUAAGACUCAUGCAUUAAUUUGGGCAAAAGUCGAAGGUUACCCCUAUUGGCCUGCCAAGGUGAUGGCCGUGAAGGAGCCAAUGAUCCGUGUAGAUUUCUUUGGCGAUCAUAGUCAAGCCAAAGUAAUGGCCCGUAAGUGUUUUUUGUAUUCAGAAGAAAGUCCAAAACCGUCACGUAACACAACCGAGGAAUACGUGGCAGCAUUGAAAGAGACGGAUGAGUACAUUCAGAACUUACGCCAAAAAUUCGGUUCAUUUCGCUUCGCUGAAUCAAAAACUGUGUUCAAUCCAGCAUUGCUCGAUGACUACAUUUCGAAAAUGUGCUCUACAACGGUGAAAAAAUCGGAAGUCCAUAAGAGCGAUAAUCAAGUAGAAUACGAUCGACAUGUCGAUGAUUCCGAAAUCGAAAUUCGAGCUAGCUCAAAGCGUAAGAUAGAUUCGGUGGUCGAUGAGCCAGCAGUUCCUACGAAAAAGGUUCGAUUCAGCGACGAAUUUGGUGAGGUCCUUAUGCAAGUGCAUCUUAUUGAUCAAAGCGACGACUAUCCCGAUAGUAUAGAGCAAGAUAAAUCAAGCAGCAAUGAUCCACAAUCGAUUGAAUAUUCAUCGUCAGAUGAUGAAGACACUAUAAGACAACGAUUUUUUGGUUUCAAAGAGAAAUCAAGCGACACUAUGCAACCAUCUGAUCAAACCAUUGACUCUGACAACGAAUUAUAUAUGACAGCUUCAGGUGAGAUGCCAAGCGAAGAAAGUGUGUUUGAUUGCGUUGAGCAAGAAAUGCAGCAAAUUCAUGGAAACGGAACAGUUUCGGUGAUCAAUCACCUGACAUCUGAAGAGGUGGAAUGUGACAUGGAAAUGGCCGAACUUCGUGUACAAAAUGCACAAUUACAAACGGCAUUGGUUGAAAUGAAAAAGGCGAACCAACAAUAUUCUCUUGAGAACGCUGCAUUAAAUAAAGUCAUCAUGCAGUAUACCCAUGAUACGGAAACAUUGAAGAAGAACCAUGCAAAGAGAGUGGCAGAAAUUGAAAUGCAGCUACAAAAAGUAAUCGAAGAAAAGGUCUGUUUGCAGUCAGGUGACGAAAUGCAGAAGGUGAAAACGGCCCGGUGCAGGGAAUGCAACAAGAAGCUUGACAGAGACUACUGCAGUUUAAUCUGCAAAAAACAGGGGUAA